AUUUCAAAAAAUGGCGAACUGGCCGAACGGGUGGAAUUUUCGGGAUUUAAAACAAACACACUGUUUGAACUUAUUUCUGCAUCUUGAUAUAUAUAUCUAACACUUGUUUUGGAAUGUUUUACUUGUAGCAAACCGUAAUCAAUUUUGGAGUGUUCUGAUUCCAAUCGUUAAGAUAACAAAAUUAAAAUUUACAAAAACAAGUACUCAAAGUUUCGAAAAAUGUGAAAAAAGCUACGCUCGCUUUAUCAUUCUCGAUUUGGUUGGUCCUAGAAACGGAUUGAAAUGCGAUACUCAGGCACUAUAAUUAGUCUCCUGCUGGUGACUUUUUAUGAUGUUUCCUGUAUAUUGUUGAAAGAUUUAACGGGGGACGUCACUUUAUCAGCGCAACCGACGGCAAAUGGCAUUAACGUUGCGCUCAUAAGACAGGAACGGAAUAGAUUGGUCGGCACCAUCGGCAGUGGUAAAAACUUCAGCGGCAUCGAUUGCGUCGGUGAAAGUUCUUGCAAAGUCGGCGAGUCCAGGCUCGACAUAUUACCAGUCGACGAUGGCUUCGAGAUCCGUUGGGAGGCGGUCGAUUUGGACGAAGAAUUUAGGGACUGCUUCGCUCUCGGCAGCGAGUCCGUCAGCUGGUACGGCGGGCCGGAAAUUGCGACUCAGGAAUGGCCGAUAGAGAAAUUGACAUUGAGCGACGACGACCCCUACGUUUUGAGGAAGGACGACAACUUUGCUGUACCGGAACGGUACUGGCUGAAUUCCAACGGAGGUUACGUGUUCGUAGACGAUCGGGUUCCCCUGUUCGUGGACCAGAACAACAGGGAGAAGGACACGGUGUGCUUCGUGGCCAAGAUUGCAGGGCCGUACAUCAAUCGACUAAGGGUAUUACACUCGUACAAGAUCGUUGCAUUGGACAACGCCAAGGUGGCCCAUGUGCACGCAGUGAAUAACUACUUGGGGAAGCCCACGGGGAUCCCCAACGUGAACAUGAUUCGGGAACCCAUAUGGACUACGUGGGCCAAAUUUAAGAAGGAAAUCAACGAAGAUAUGGUCAGGUCUUUCGUCCAGGACAUCCUCGAUCAUGGUUUUAAUAAGGGUCAGAUCGAAAUCGACGAAGACUGGGAGACCUGCUUCGGUACGCACGUGUUUAAACCGGACAAGUUCGGACACAUCGGAGAUCUCGUGGCGGAAAUCAAGAAAAACUUCCGCGUGACGGUGUGGAUCAUACCUUUCGUCAAUAACUGCGAGGGCAUCGCGGAAGAAGGCAAAGAGAAAGGUUAUUUCGUGAGGAACACGACCGGAAGCUACUCGACGAUCUGGUGGGAGAGCGACGACGCUUUGCAGAUAGACUUUACCAAUCCGGCGGCGGCCGAAUGGUACGCCGAAAAGGUCAGGCGUUUAAGGACCGACCCCGGGAUCGACAGUUUCAAGUUCGACGCCGGCGAAACCGACUACGGACCCCAGCCUUCCGUUUAUGAGAACGUCGACCAAGAACUCGUGCCUAACAUCCUAUCGCAAAGUUACUUGAACACGGUCACUCAGUUCGGAGAUCUGAUAGAGCUUCGAUCCGCCUUCAGAACCCAGAACCUGCCGGUGUUCCUGAGAAUGAUCGACAAGGACUCAGUGUGGACGAUAGAUAACGGCCUCCAGUCCUUGAUCACCACUCUUUUGCAGCUUAAUCUUAACGGAUAUUCGAAUAUCUUGCCGGACAUGAUCGGCGGUAACGGGUACCGCACCCAGCCGACACUCGAGCUGAUCGUUCGAUGGACCCAAGCCACGGUGUUUAUGCCCGCGAUGCAAUUCAGCUUCUUGCCGUGGGAUUUCCAAACCACCGAGGAGUACAACGCCACCGAAAUUAUUCGCACCAUGAUCGAUUUGCACGCAGAGUACACCGAAGAAAUAGUCAAAGCCCUGAACGGGAGCGUUAACGAGGGAGUACCCGCCAACCGUCCCAUAUGGUGGGUCGAUCCGGAAGAUCGGGUAGCUCAACAAAAUUUUGACGAGUAUAUGCUCGGGGACAACAUACUUGUGGCGCCCAUAGUGACCGAAGGAGCAUUGUCCAGGGAAGUGUACCUUCCGAAGGGUACAUGGAAGGAUGGCAACGACGCAAGCGUAGUAUACGAAGGUCCCAAGAGUAUCGUUUACGACGCUCCCAUCGAAAUCCUGCCGUAUUUCAUCAAACAGUAAUUUUUGUAAUUUGGUUUAAUAAAUUUGCCGAUU